UCUGCAUCUUUUUGGACAAUUGUUUUUUGUCAAUGUCUUUAUGUCCCCAAAGUGUUCUGUAAAUUGACUAUUUGUUGUACUAGAGCGGCUCCAACUACCGGAGACAAAUUCCUUGUGUGUUUUGGACAUACUUGGCAAAUAAAGAUGAUUCUGAUUCUGAUUCUGAUUCUGAUGAUUUGCUUUCGCGGGCCACAUAAAAUGAUUUGGUGGGCCGGAUGUGGCCCCCGGCCCAACACUUUGACACCUGUGAUAUAUUCGUACUUUUGAUAGAUCAAAAGCACAAAUGGAGUGAAUAAAUAGUCAAGAGAGAAUAAUUGUACUGGUAUCGGUCUAAAAAAAAUGGUAUCGAAUAUCCAUAGUCGGAGGUAGAGAGGGUGUGUGUGAGAGAGAGAGAGAGAGAGAGAGAGAGCUGAUGUAAAAGAGGGAGAGAGAGAGCAACACGCGCUCAGGAAGACGAGCGAAGGAGGCACGCGGCAUGUCUCGAGGAUUCAGGUGCGCAUACACGUGGCGCAAGCGUGGCGUCCCCAGGUGGCUGGGAUAAAGGCGGCCGUGUCCGCAGCUGCUAUGUGCGCACCCUCGGCACGCCCCCGCUAAAGAUGGCUCCCCUCGCUCUGCUCCUGCUUCCCGCCUUGCUCUCCCGCCUCCCCGCACCGGGCCACGCCGCCGGCAUCCACAAGCGGGCCGCCGUGCCUCGCGCCGCCUCCCGCUCGGUGGCCCGCAUGGACGGCGACGUCAUCAUCGGCGCCCUCUUCUCCGUGCACCACCAGCCGUCGGCGGAGAAGGUGGCCGAGCGCAAAUGCGGCGACGUCCGCGAGCAGUACGGCAUCCAGCGGGUGGAGGCCAUGUUCCACACCCUGGACCGCAUCAACGCGGACCACCAGCUGCUGCCCAACAUCAGUCUGGGCUGCGAGAUCCGGGACUCGUGCUGGCACUCCUCCGUGGCUCUGGAGCAGAGCAUCGAGUUCAUCCGCGACUCGCUCAUCUCCAUCCGGGACGACAAGGACGGAUCCAAGUGGUGCGUGGACAGCCAGUCCCACUCCAGCCAGCCGCCGCCCACCAAGAGGCCCAUCGCCGGCGUGAUUGGGCCGGGCUCCAGCUCGGUGGCCAUCCAGGUGCAGAACCUGCUCCAGCUCUUCAACAUCCCGCAGAUCGCCUACUCGGCGACCAGCAUCGACCUGAGCGACAAGACUCUGUUCAAGUACUUCCUGAGGGUGGUGCCGUCCGACACCCUCCAAGCCCGAGCCAUGCUGGACAUUGUGCAGCGCUACAACUGGACCUACGUGUCUGCCGUGCACACUGAAGGGAACUACGGCGAGAGCGGUAUGGAGGCCUUCAAGGAGCUGGCCUCCCAGGAGGGCUUGUGCAUCGCCCACUCGGACAAGAUCUACAGCAACGCUGGCGAGAAGCAGUUCGACCGCCUCCUGAGGAAGCUGCGCGAGCGGCUGCCCAAAGCGCGCGUGGUGGUGUGCUUCUGCGAGGGCAUGACCGUACGCAGCCUCCUCAUGGCCAUGCGGCGCUUGGGCGUGUACGACGAGUUCCUCCUGGUCGGCAGAUCAUUCAUCUGUCUGUCUGUCCAUCCGUCCAUCCAACAAGGUCAAGGGGAACUGGAGCUGGUUUCCAUCUCAGGUGACGUUGGGCCAGAUGCGAGCGACGGGUGGGCCGACCGCGACGAGGUGGUGGAGGGCUACGAGCAGGAAGCUAAGGGAGGCAUCACCAUGAAGCUGCAGUCCGCGGUGGUCAAGACCUUCGACGACUACUAUCUGAAGCUGCGACUGGACACCAACACCAGGAACCCCUGGUUCCCGGAGUUCUGGCAGUACCGCUUCCAAUGCCGUCUGCCCGGCCAUCCUCAGGAGAACAAGAACUACAAGAAAGUCUGCUCCGGAAACAAGAGCCUGCACGAAAACUACGUUCAGGACAGCAAAAUGGGCUUCGUCAUCAACGCCAUCUACGCCAUGGCGCACGGCCUCCACGACAUGCACAGGGAGCUGUGCCCGGGCCAGACGGGGCUGUGCGAGGCCAUGGACCCCAUUGACGGCAGCAAGCUUCUCGACUAUCUUCUCAAGACGUCCUUCAGGGGUGUCUCUGGGGAGGACAUCUACUUCGACCAAAACGGAGACACCCCUGGAAGGUACGAUAUUAUGAACCUGCAGAACGUGGAGGACGGCCGCUACGACUACAUUAACGUGGGCUCCUGGCACGAGGGCGUCCUGAGCAUCGACGACAACAAGCUGUGGAUGAACAGCAGCGACAUGGUGCGCUCGGUCUGCAGUGACCCCUGCUCCAAAGGACAGAUCAAGGUGAUCAGGAAGGGCGAGGUGAGCUGCUGCUGGAUCUGCACCACGUGUAAGGAAAAUGAGAUCGUCCUGGAUGAGUUCACCUGCAAGGCUUGCGAACUGGGUUGGUGGCCCGCUGACGACUUGGCAGGCUGCCAGCCGCUGCCCCUGAAGUAUCUGGACUGGGCCGACGUGGAAUCCAUGGUGGCGGUGGCGUUCUCCUGCGUGGGCAUCCUCAUCACCUCCUUCGUCACCUUUGUCUUCAUCCAGUACCGCGACACUCCCGUCGUCAAAUCCUCCAGUCGAGAGCUGUGCUACAUCAUCCUGGCGGGCAUCUUCCUGGGCUACAUCUGCCCAUUCACCCUGAUCGCCCGGCCCACCGUGCCCUCCUGCUACCUGCAGCGCCUCCUGGUCGGCUUGUCGUCAGCCAUGUGCUACUCGGCGCUGGUGACAAAGACCAACCGCAUCGCUCGCAUCCUGGCGGGCAGCAAGAAGAAGAUUUGCACCAGGAAGCCGCGUUUCAUGAGCGCCUGGGCGCAGGUCGUCAUCGCCUUCAUGCUGAUCAGCGUCCAACUCACCCUGGAGGUCACCCUCAUCAUCCUGGAGCCGCCUGAGCCGAUCAAGUCGUACCCCAGCAUCCGCGAGGUCUACCUCAUCUGCAACACCAGCAACGUUGGCAUGGUGGCGCCGCUGGGCUACAACGGCCUCCUCAUCAUGAGUUGCACCUACUACGCCUUCAAGACGCGCAACGUCCCGGCCAAUUUCAACGAGGCGAAAUACAUCGCCUUCACCAUGUACACCACCUGCAUCAUCUGGCUGGCUUUCGUGCCCAUCUACUUCGGCUCCAACUACAAAAUCAUCACCACCUCCUUCUCCGUCAGCCUGAGCGUCACCGUGGCUCUGGGCUGCAUGUUCACGCCCAAGAUGUACAUUAUCAUCGCCAAGCCCGAGAGAAACGUCCGAAGCGCCUUCACCACGUCCGACGUGGUGCGAAUGCACGUCGGCGACGGCAAGUCGGCCGCCGCGGGUGGGACUAACAGCUUCCUCAACAUGUUCCGCAGGAAGAAGCCCGCAUCUGGCAACGCCAAUUCUAACGGCAAGUCUGUGUCAUGGUCUGAAUCAGGUGCAAGACACCCUCCGAGCGGGGGCAAUGUGUGGCACAGACUGUCUGUGCAUGUGAGGAAACAGGAAGCCAGCCUGAAUCAGACGGCGGUCAUCAGGCCCCUAACUAACACGCCCGACCCCCACAGUUGUCAGCCCCCCGCCGCCGCCGCCCCCACCGCCGCCCGCGACCUUGGCACAGACCCCCGCCCGCCCCCGCGAGAGCCGCCACCGCCCGCCCCGCCUGGCAACGACAAGCGCCACCCCGGUCCCGCUCCGUACGCGGGCCCCCUGGUGGAAACGCACCGCUCGCACGCCCCAGCCCCCCUUGCCGGAGAGCCAUUGAUCUUGACAGAGCUCUCUUUGGCGGCACCCCUCAAGGAGGGGGUGCCCCCGGCUGAGCGGCCGGACCUUUUGCACGACUUCAUGUAUGAUGCCAAGGAGGAGGGGGCGGACGGGCACAAGCUCGCCCUGGAGGACACCUUGGCUCUGUCGCCCCCGUCCCCCUUCAGAGACUCGGUAUGUUCGGAGGAUUCCGCCCCGGGGUCCCCCUCCAUGGAGUUCAUGCUGGGGGGUCCCCACUACACCGUCCAAGCCCUCCGAGACUUUGCACACAGCUCCUCGACACUGUGAGAGCAAAAAAAAAAAAAAAAAAAAGGUGCACAACAUUUGACGAGCUUUGAUUACUCCUACUUAUUUGUUUAUUGAUGCCGCCAUUUUGCUCGCUUGUGUUUGUCGUUAGGCGUCCAUUAAAGACACGCAUAGAAGAACAUGGCUCUGUUCGGAGUCACUCCCCAUCCAAUUUAGAGUGCCCUAAAUCAGUGGUUCUCCAUUUUUCAACAUUUUUUUUACACUACCACCUAAAAAAAUAGAUAUUUUGGCAUUCCAAGUAUCACCAUCAUGACCAACAUUAUAGUGAGUUGGCCAUUUUAUAGGCUCAGCGGCAAGUAAUUGACGGUUCAUAACUGGUAAAGGUUCAUAACUGCCUAAAGAUGCCACAAGAUGGCGGCAAAGCACUAUUUCUCUAUUAGACAGGGCUAUGGCCUGACUAAAUAUAGCUCCUCCCCUCAUUUCAACUCGAUUCCCUGGCACCAAGAUGCCACAAGAUGGCGCAAAAGCAAUCAGGGGAAAAAACCAAAACAAAAUUUAAAAAAACGCCAGGACAGUUUAAUUACAAUAUAUUGAGUUGUUCAAUAUGUAAUAUGGCAUGUCCACCAGCUGAUGUUGAGCCGCUACGUUAUAAUUAUGCAACAGCCAUGACAUCAUUUUUUUAUUGUAUUUUAUUUGUUUUUAUGAAUUAUUGAACCACUGUAUAAAAAUGUCUUAAGAGUGAUUAGGGAGUAAUGAAUGAGUGAAGGACUCCGAACACAAAUCAUGUCUGAAGGGCUGUCAGAAAACAACAACAACAGUGCCAAAACUCUUCACCUUCUCAUGCCAAAUUCACAUACGGUACUGUGCAAACGUAUUGGGGCACCUUUCAUUUAGUAAAUAGGAGCAGCCACAUUUUGAUGAGUAUUUAGGUAAACGUGGAUUUGUUUUCACAGAAUAUCCAGCCCUCAGAAUCCUAAUGGUACCGGCCAACUUUUUGUGAUCGUUCAUGAACCAGGAAGUAGCUUGCUAAUUGCUGAACUAAAACAAAUACGGUGCACAACAAUUUACUUGAAUCAUUUUUUUGAGAGAUUAAUAAGGAUAUUUAAUUAAAAUUAUUUUAAUUGAAAUAGAGACUACUAUUUGAUGAAAUUCAGUAUAUACUGAAUAGUGCCACAUUUAGCAUUGCUAAAAAAAAUUAUCCCGAUCUAGUGGUUGUCUCAGACUUUUGCACCGUACUGUAAAUAAAGCAAACCAUUGCUAAACAAGAAAAAAGUGAUAUACGCUACAAAAAACGCUCAAAAAACAGCACAAGACAGUCCAAAUGUGCACAUUUUUGCCUUUUUCAAUUCACCUUAGCUAUCACAUCCGACCUCGUUUAAAUAGAGAUGGUUUUGUUUAUUUCUUAAAAGGAGUGUAGUAAGCUGCUUGUUUUUUCUGCGUCUUGAUUGGCAACGCCACAACCACAAGCCUCGUUCGCCGCGCUGUCGGUGGACAUAAGACGUGCCAACGCGGGUUGUUGUUCUAGCAGUAACGCAGUUACGGGAUGUAAUUUUGCUUUCGACACGUGGCUGUGUUUUUCUUUUCGGCUGUGUCAUCGUAAGAAGGCAAAAAAAAACAAUAAUAACAAUGUAAACAAAACAAAACGCAGUACUUGUAUUUGUAAAACUGUUACGCCAUCUCUUGUUUUUUCACACAGGUGGUAUGUUUGUAAUACAGAUACAUGUUUCUAUAUUUAGAAUGUCCACAAUCUUAAAAAAAAAAGAAACCAGUUUAUACAAUUGCUUUUGAACUUUUAAGCUAACUUGUCAGUAAAAGUACCUGCAAUGACUAGUUGCUUCUUGUAAUGACAUAUUUAAUUCCACUUUAAGUUUCUUCUACUUUUAUCAAUAGGAAUGCGCGUUAAGUAUAAGACUAUACAGUACAUGGUGCCAGUGUAUUGUUUUUUUCAAAUGUUUUCCAGUCUAUGAUAGUGAUGGUUUUUAUGUCCCAAAAAGUAUAAACAGGGUAUAGAACCAUGUUGAACAACUCUAAGG